AAUGUCACUCUCUCCUGUCUGAACGUGAAACGCGAAACUCAAAAACGCAAACACCCCUCCCAAAAUAUAAAAAGGCAAUAAUCCCAUUGUUAUUUGCUGCCUAUCCUCUGUUUCUCUGCUAAAAAGGAAAGUGCUUUUUUUGUUUUUUUUUUUUGUUUCCAAGUGCUCAAGAAGAACAAGCGGGGACAAGUUAGGAAACCCUAGUUGGUUUUUGAGAUGGCAGACUUGGAGAAACAAGUGGUGGAGGCGGAAGAAGAGGAAAGGCUGAUUGAAGGAAUGGCAGUGUUGGAUUUUGAUAUGUUGUGUUCCACGGUGGCUUUGCAGACGCAAGGGAAAUGGAGGAAACUGGAAACUGAAGAUUUUGAUGCUAUGGAUGCUAGUGGUGGGGAAUUUGGAGGUGUUUUUAGGAUGUGGGAAGGUGAAGUCCUUGGUUGCUUCGACGACCGCCGCAUCGCUAUUGAGUCCUUUUGUUGUCCAUGCUACAGAUUUGGGAAAAACAUGACACGAGCUGGUUUUGGUUCUUGUUUUCUUCAGGGAACUGUAUAUUACGUUCUUGCUCUUACUGCCCUUCUUAACUUCAUUGCAUUCAUAGUCACCAAGCGGCAAUGCUUUCUUUAUUUGGCAGCAGCAUUUACUAUUUCAAUAGGAAUGUAUUUGGGUUUCUUCCGCACGCAGAUGAGAAAGAAAUUUAAUAUUAGGGAUGGUGAUAGUUCCUUGGAUGAUUUCAUCUGUCACCUUUCCUGCCCCUGCUGUGCAUUAUCCCAGGAGUCCAGAACAUUGGAGAUGAACAAUGUCCAAGACGGCAACUGGCACGGUCGGGGUGACACAUUAUGCAUAAGUGGCUUUAGUGAAGGAAACAAAACAAAUUUAGAAUUGCACCCGCCUUCUAUCGUCUCAACCAAGUCUCCUGCUAUCUGUAACAUGCAAAACAGUUGAGAUGUCGGUUACCACUCUUGAGCUUGGAAAGUUUGGACUUUUAGAAACAUUAGUCCUCAAUCCCAAUUAAUGCCAAGCCACAUUUAUUUGAUGUUGGCUUUCAACUGAGUUCCUGAAGACACGGAUGAAUUGCAGGCCGGUCUACAAACUUAACGAUUAAAUGGAAGCAUCGAGUUUUUGCUGCUUAUACACAAGGUCAGUGCUUUCUGAAUCAAGAAACUGACCUGGUCUGAAGUAUAUGAUAAGGAAGAUAUUGCAGUCUAUAUCCCACUUGGGAAUUGUAUUUACACAAGUGUAACCUUGUUGAGGCUUGUACUCUUAAAUUUAGAUGUCAAUGGUGAAAAUUUAUUGUCAUUAUUGUUACACACAUACACAUUUCUGUGGGAUCUGCAAAUGGCACUUUUAGCUCAGUUAGUUGAUUUAUGGAGUGUCAAUUAGCUUUUACUGGGUUUGUUUUAAUCAAAUUGUGUACCAUUUAUGGUUUAAUGAAAUCUCUCAAAUGCAAGAAUCCUUGAAA